AUGGCACAAUACUACGGCAGCGGCAACCCUGCCUACGGGCCCGCGUCUGCGCAAAACCUCCAGUUCUACCCAUCCACCUACUCACCAGGCGUCCCCGGCCAACCCACAGCCGGACACGGCGGUGCCUAUGGCUACGGCGGCUCAGGUGGCGUGGCCUCGGCCUACGGCGGCGCAAUAGGCAGCGGCGGGGUGGGUGGCGGACCGGGCGUGGGCGGUGUGUCGGGCCGCAUGGGCGAGCAGGGCGGCCUGCGCACGGGCUGGCUGGCCGCGUUCUCGACCGAGGGCUACGACGGCGAGCCGCCGCUGCUCGAGGAGCUCGGCGUCAAUUUCGGGCACAUCCAGGCCAAGACCCUGGCCGUGCUCAACCCCUUCCAGCGCAUCGACCAGCACCUGAUGGACGACUACGACCUGGCCGGCCCCAUCAUUUUUUUCUUGCUCUUCGGCACCUUCCUCUUGUUUUCCGGCAAGGUCCAUUUUGGCUACAUUUACGGCCUGGCCCUGCUGGGCUCCAUCUCGCUGCACAUCAUCCUCUCGCUCAUGUCGCCGGACGGCCCACCGGGCGGCGGCCCCAACGGCGGCGGCGGCGGCAGCAGCAGCCUCGGCCCUUCCUACGCGCAGUCCCCGACCCCGGGCUACCCGGGCGACGCGUCUGUGGGCAGCAGCUCGGGCGUCGGCAUCAGCGGCAACAUCGCGCCGCCGUCGCCGUCCAAAGGCGGGCCGAGCGGCAAGCACGGCCGCAGCGGCAGCCUGAGCCAGCUGUCGAGCACCCUGACCUUUGUGCGCUCCGCCAGCGUCCUGGGCUACUGCUUGCUGCCAUUGGUGGCCACGAGCCUCAUCGGCAUCAUGAUGCCCAUGGACACGCCGCUGGGCAUUGUGCUCACGACGGCCGCCAUUUGCUGGUGCACGUACAGCGCGUCCGGCAUGUUCUGCGCCGUGGGCCGGAUGCGGGGGAUGCGGGCGCUGGUGGCGUACCCGCUGGCGCUGUUCUAUGUCGGCUUCGGUAUCAUGGGCGUGUUCAGCAGCCGCGGCAGCGGGUCCAUGGCCAAGGUCAUUGCCUCGCGGACGGGACGCCUGUAA